AUGCCAAAGUCACAAUUUGUUAAUGAAAGCGGGCGCUUGCAUUCAUCUCAAGUGUCCCAAAAUUUAAAAGAUAUGAAAUCCAUUUCCGUUCCUUUUCCUCCUAAAGUUAAUCCAAUUGACUUGGUUAAACCACGAAAAGAUGGCAAGCCUCGUAAAAGGUGUGCCAAUUACUUUUUAAUCUAUCGUAUCCAAUUUGCAGAAGCAUUACGAGCGAAUGGAUGUACUACCCCAUUGAUGACGGAUAUAUCUACGAUGGCGGGUGACGCGUGGAAGGAGGAACCCGAAUUUGUUCGUCAAUAUUAUAAGGAUGUGGCUAAUGAAGUUAAGAAAUUACACGAUGAUUUUGUCAGGAAUUCUGAAGAGCCCAAAUCUUUAGAAGUUCCAAAUAAUGAUAUAGAAAAUUCCGAAGAGGUGUCUCAUUUACAAGUAAAUGCGAUGCCAAAUUUCAUGCAAAUGCAACAAUCUUAUGUAAUUCCUCAUGAUAUAAUGAAUGUUCCUGGUUAUGGGUAUCAACAGCUAAAUUUAAUAAACGGGAACAUUUAUUCGAAUUAUAAUGACACGUUCUUUCAAUCUGUUGAUGGAUCAUGUUUUGAACUUGUACCAGAAUCAAAUAAUUGUUAUGAAUAUUUUUAUAAAUAUUAA